AUGUGGCCGGCCGGCGCGGGCACCAAGCUGCCCUGCCCCCGCGACUCGGCGCUCCGGCGGGCGGCGUUCUCCGGGAACCUCACCGCCCUGCCUUCCCACCUUGUGCCCGCCGGCCGCAGCGUCCGGGUCUUCAUCAGCGCCAACCCCGAAGACACGGGAGCAGAAAGACAGGCACUAAGAGAAAAUGUGUAUCCUAAAUUGAGAGAAUUCUGCAGAGAAAAUUAUGGAUUAGAAUUUCAGGUCAUAGAUCUGUACUGGGGCGUGGACGAAGAUGAGUGGGACAGCCCGGAGCUCCAGAAGGCCCGCAUGAAGCUGCUGGAGGAUUGUUUGAAAACUUCUGCAGGUCCAUGUUUUGUUGGACUAUUAGGGGAAAAAUAUGGGAACAUCCGGAUCCCCGGAGAAGUGGAGGCCUCCGAGUUUGAGAUGAUUUUGGACGCUGCCAUAGAGGCAAAGCUAGAGACCAAGUUAAUGGAAGAGUGGUACUGUCGAGAUGAGAACUCGGUGCCAGCAGCUUAUUACCUCCGACCCAAGUCAGAAAUGCUGAAAGGCAAUAAAAAUGCAAUGCAGCCUUCUGCCCAUGCGGAGAAUGAGAAGACCUGGCAAGAGAUAUCAGAUGAGAUCAAAAAGAUAUUUAAGGCUUCUGUGAAACUGUUGCACGAGCAGGGGAAAAUGAAGCACAGCCAAGCUAAGAGGUACCUGUUCUCAGCUAUAGAGGAUGAGUUUGACUUCGCUCUAGGCAAGCAGACUCCUGCCUUCCUGAAGAAGUGCGUCUGCUACAUUAGGAAAAUUGCUAACAUUGAGCGAUUCGUGAAGAUCCCAGAGAUGGGGAAAUACAUGGAUAUCACUGGGACAGACCCCAGGAUCAUCCGGGAUCCAGAGGCCCAGGAGAAGCUUAUCAAACUCAGGGAUGAAUUUAUUCCUACUAUUGUUGCGUCCUCUAAUCUCAGAGUAUACACGUCGGUUACCCAUUGUGACAUGAAACUCGGCUACUCCCAGGAAAUAGAAAACCACUACAUAGAAGGCCUGGGCAAACAAUUUUACGAGGACAUGAUCGACAUAAUUCAGGCGACGGUGCAGCAGAACUUUGACACGGAGACUGAUACACUCUACGACGAAAUCCUCCAGCAUUCUUCGCUCUGUAAAACGUAUGCCUCUUUCUACGAGUACAAGUGCGAAUCCCUAACCAGAGUCCAUAAAUACAUCCUCCCGAGCAAAACCGGGCACAUCAGCCCGCUUGUUGUAUAUGGUGGACCAUGCACGGGGAAGACGCUCCUGCUAGCCGAGGUGGCGAAGAAGGCAUAUGGCUGGCUACAGGAACACGCAGGACCAGAAUCAGACCCAGUAACAGUCGUACGAUUCCUAGGAAGCACAGACAUGAGUACUGACCUCAGAACGCUCCUCCUGAGUGUUUGCGAACAGCUGGCAGUGAACUACCGGUGUCUGGUUCAAAACUACCCUAAGAAGAUUCAUGACCUCUGUGACUUAUUCAUAAACCUCUUGAAUGAGUCUUCCCAGCAGAGGCCUCUGGUAAUAAUAUUUGACGCCCUAGAGCAGCUCUCAGAGAGCGACGAGGCCAGGAAGCUGUGGUGGCUCCCUGCUCACCUUCCCCGCUUCGUGCGGGUGGUCCUCUCCACACUGCCCAACAAACACGGGAUCCUGCAGAAACUAAGGUGCCUUAUCCAUGAGGAAAACAACUACAUCGAGUUGAUUCCCCGGGACAGGAAGAUGUGCAGCCAGGUGCUCAAGCACCAGCUGCUGCGAGUCAAAAGGAAGGUCACCUCAGGCCAGCAGAUUUACGUGAACAACGCGUUCUCCAAGUGCACGCUGCCCAUGUUCGUGAACCUGACCUUCCGGGAGGUGAGGCACUGGAGGUCUCACAAAGAUGUCGACGAAUCCUCCCUCUGCGUCACCGUUCACGAGAGCAUAGAGCAGCUCUUCUGGUCCUUGGAGAGGAAGUGUGGUCCGAAGCUGGUCUCCAGGGCUCUCGGUUAUAUCACCAUGGCCAAGAUGGGUCUGAGCGAGAUGGAACUGGAGGAUGUGCUGGCCCUGGACAACAGCGUCAUGAACGAGCUCAAUGAGCACACCAGGCCCAGCAACCCCCUGAGAGUCCCUUACCUGUACAUCGCGAGGCUCAAGGAGGGUCUCAGCGGAUACCUCAUAGAAAGGCACGUGAAGAACGUCACGCUCCUGGUGUGGGCCAACAGGCACCUGCAGCUCAUAGCCCAGAAGCUGUACCUGAAGGAAGACAGUCAUCUGCACGAGAUGCACACCAUCCUGGCGGACUAUUUCCUGGGGGUGUGGUCGGGGGGCAGGCGGAAAGCCUUUUGCCUCGAAGACCCCUACUUGAACGGCUGCCUGGACUUGGAGAGCAGAAGCCUGCUGGAGGAAGAAAAGCACUUCAUGGAGCAGGCUUCGUUCGACAGGCAGGCCCCGGAGCAGCCCUGGGUUUUCCAGUGCAACCCCCUGGAGCCCGACAUCUUCUUCGUCAACCACCGGAAGAUGUCCGAGCUCUUGUACCACCUGACCAGGUGCGGGAAGACCGAUGACCUGCUGUACGGCAUCAUCAUGAACUUCAGCUGGCUGUACACCAUGAUCAAAAUCGGCCAGUUCGACAAAGUGCUCGCGGACAUUGAGCUGGCUUACAACUACUCGCAGGAGAAGGAGAUGAAGUUCCUGGCCAACACCCUCCGCAGCCUCCGGAGCAAGGUCAUUGCCUUCCCCGGCUCCCUUUCGGCAGAGCUCCAGCAACGGCUGCUGCCGGUCCUCAGCUCCCUGCCCAAGCUGAGACACCUCCUCCUGGAAUGUGACAAGGACGGGCCCAAAUACUGCUCCAUCGUGCCGCUCCAUUCCUCCAUGGACGUGACCUACAGCCCCGAGCGUCUCCCCUUGGCGGCCAGUCACCUGCACGUCACCGAGAUCCUGCCUACUUGCAACCCCAGGACUGUCCUCACGGCUCUGGAGAGCGGCUCCAUCAGCACCUGGGAUGUGGAGACGCGCCAGCUUCUCAGGCAAAUCACCACGGCCCAGUCCGUCAUCCUGGGCAUGAAACUCAGCGGCGACGAGAAGUACCUGGUGGUGGCCACGACCAAUAACACCUUGUUGAUUUAUGACAACGUCAAUUCCUGCCUCCUGUCCGAAGUGGAGAUCAAGGGGACCAAGCAUGGCAGCGGCUCCACCUACAUCAAUGGGUUCACGCUGUCCGUCAGCCACGCCCUGGCGUGGCUGGAGGCCAGCAAAGACGUCACCGUCAUCGACCUGCUCUACGGCUGGCCCCUCUACCAGUUCCACUGCUGGUACGAAGUGACGUGUGUCCGGUGCUCCCUGGACGGGACGUACGCGUUCUGCGGGCAGUACCUGAACACCACCACCAUCUUUCACCUGGGGAGCGGAGAGAAGCUAUGCACCGUGACGUCCGAGUUUUCGGGCGGCUUCGUGAAGUUCCUCCUCAUCUUGGACACGGCCCAGGAAAUGGUCAUGGUGGACAGCGAGGGGAGCCUUUCCGUCUGGAACACCGAGGACAUCUCCAGCCCCCAGCUGACCGACGACUUCGACUGCCGCCGGGAAGACAGCGAGGUGGUCAGCCUCGAGCUGUCGGAGGACCAGAGCGCGGUCCUGAUCUGCAAAGCCCUCGGCAUCGAGCUCCUGGACACGGGCCUGUGGAAGGUGGCGGAGAAGUUCCGGGCGAAGCACAACGAGCGCUUCGUGUCGGCCGUGCUGUCCAAGAACGGGGACUGCAUCAUCGCCACCAUGGAGAGCACCCCGGCCGUGUUCUUCUGGCGGCGGGACACGGGCCAGUGCAUGGCGAGCCUCCAGGAGGUCUCGGGCACCAUCGUGAAGCUGGUGAAGUCCAGCCACCACAACAUGCUGCUCUCCCUGUCCGCCAGCGGCGUGCUGUCCAUCUGGGACGUGGACAUCAUCACGGCCAUGUCCAACAUCGACAAGACCGGGAAGCCCAUCCAGAGCCUGAUGCUGCCCGCCAGAGGGGAGAUCAUCUAUUCCCUCGACGGCUCGGACUGCGUGCACAAGUGGAACUUCAGCAGCGGGUUCAUCGAGGCGGCGUUCAAGCACGAGGGCGUGGUGGAGCACUGCGUGCUGACGUCCUCGGGGGACGUGAUGGUGACCUCGGACGACAAGAGCAGCCAGUACGUGUGGCACACGGGCAGCGGGGAGAACCUCUUCCGGAUCAGCGGGCAGCGGAUAUCGCAGCUGCUCAUCACGCACAACGACCAGUUCGUGGUGUCCCUGUGCGAGGAGAACGCCUCCCGGGUGUGGCGGCUGGCCACGGGCCACCGGGUCUGCAACAUCCUCACGCCGCUGUGGGACGCCUUCAUCACGCCCGCCAACACCUUCGUGGUGGGCAUGACCCAGAGCAAGGUGCUGGCCGUCAGCCUGUGGACGGGGAGCAUCACCAAGAAGUUCUGCUGCGAGGACGGCACCACCGUCGUGAGUGUCAAGCUGAUCCCCGACUGCCCCGACCUCAUCGUGUUCGUCACGUCGGCCGAGACGGUGAACCUGUGGAGCCUGACGGACGAGGUCAUCUGCCGCCGCGUGCAGCUCCCCGGCGGCUUCCUGAAAACCCUGGAGGACUUCGAGGUCUCCCCCAACGGCAAGCUGGGCAUCCUCUCCCGGGGAGACGAGAACAUCAAUGUGCUGGACCUGCACAGCGGCAAGCUGCGGGUGGUGCACGCCUCCGGGGUCAUCUGGCGGCAACGGCUGUCCCGGGACGGCCGCUACCUGGUGUACAUUUGCUGCCAGGGAGGGGAAGACCAGGACGAGAACGGCACCAUGUCCAGCCUGAUCGUCAUGAGGCUGGCCGACGGCAAGAACAUCGGCGCCUGCUCCCUGUACAAAGCGCCCACCUUCCUGGCCCUGUCCCAGCGGCACCUGCACAUCGUGGUGGGCUUCGACGACGGGAGCAUAGGGAUCUACACGGUGGUGGACCGCGUGGACGCCGCCCUGAAGAUCAAGAUCGCCACGUCCAACAGCAGGCAGAUAUUCAGCAACGCGGCGACGCAGACCUCCAGGGCCAAGUGCAGCAGCUACUGCUUCAAGGCGUCGGUGGACUGCCUGUGGAGGGAGUCCACUGAGGUGUUUGCGAGGGACAGCCCCAUCACGGUGAGCGAGCCCGCCGAGCCCAACGAGGCCACGCCCUCCAAGAAACACAAUUCUUGCUACGACCGGGUGUGCGCUGCCCUGGAGUCCAGGGGCCACAGCUACGGCCCUGACAACUGA